CAUUGACAAUGAUUGGUUUUCUUUUCAAGUGCCUCACUGCGAACAAUUCUUCAUGUGUGUCAAAAUGUAUUGAUUGUUAUUAACAACACCGUUUCCACCUCUUGACCAUGUCUGAUGAAAAAGCAAAAUUGGAACGUCACUUAACUCUUUUACGAGAAGAAUAUGUCAAACUUCAGGCCAGAUUAGCUGAAUCUGAGAAAAAGUACAGUAUUGCUGCUGCUCAAAUUGGAAAUGUUAGUGGUGAUUCCUUCAUUGUUCGAUUAUUGAAAACUGUUGCUGAUUUGUUUGAUAAAGAACUAUACAGUGAUUUAUGUGUGGAGUUAAAUGGCCGUACUAUAAGAGCUCAUAAAUUUGUAUUAUCAGCAAGAAGUAGUAAUUGGGGUGUUCCAGAUUUGGCUUGUGUUGAUCACCUGGAUUUAACAGAUAUUCCCCAAAACAUUGGUCUAACAUUAUUAAAAUGGGUUUAUACAGAUGAAUUGGAAUUAAACAAACCUGAUAAUUUUUUUCUUGAUCUAAUGCGAGUUGCUAAAAGAUUUGAAUUAAAGAGCUUAGUUGAUAGGUGUGAGAAUGCCUUAUUAUCAUCUGUAAAUGUUCAUAAUUGUGUGAAAUUCUACCAAGCUGCAGAUGAGAUAGAUGCCAAAACACUUAAAAGUCAUUGCUCUCAGUUGAUAUCUAAUCACUGGCAUGACUUUACAAGUGAGGAUUUUGCUCACAUGAGUGAUUCAUUGCUAUAUAAAAUGUUCAAAGCAAAAACGGAAUUCAUCCUUCAUACUGCUAUUAAAAUACAAAGAGAAGAUGUAGUUUUUCUCUUUUUGUUAGAGCAUGAUUCUCAACUUGCUGUUAAGGUGAAUGAACUUGAUGAUCAAGGGGAUAUUCCAUUAGACCUUGCACUGAGUACUGGUCAAGAAAGUAUUGCUAAAACUCUUGUUAACCAUAAAGCAAAUGUAAAUCAGACAGAUAACAGAGGAUGGACAUUGAUACAUAAAGCUAUUAAUAGAGAAGAUGAAUUUUCCGCCCUGUUUUUAAUUGAAAAUAAAGCUGCUGUCAAUGUGACCACACCAUCAGAGAGAGCAACACCUCUACAUCUAGUAGCUAGCUUCAAUCCAAAAAAUUCAUCUUCUAGUGUUGCUGAAGGUAUGGCUAGAGUAGCUGCAAAACUUUUGGAAUAUGGUGCAGAUCCUAACCUUCAAGACAUAAAUGGAAACACUUGUCUCCAUCGCACCAUAUUGGCACAGAAUGCACCUAUAUUUGAAUUACUACUUCGUCAUGAACAUUUAGAUCUAGAAAUAAAGAAUGCUGAUGGCCAGACUGUACUGUGGUUUGCAUUGGAUGCUGGCAUUGGUGGAUAUGAUGAAAGCAGCUUUGCUGCUAAGCUUGUGAAGAGAGGAUGUUGCUUAGAUGCUGUCUGUCCUCUUAAUGGUGAUACAUUGUUGCAUUUAGCCUGCAGGGCUGGUAAUGAGGAAGCUGGAAUAUUCCUUGCAGUUCAUGGAGCAAAGCCUAAUCUUACAAAUAAUAAAGGUGAGGCACCUCUUCAUAUUAGUUGUACAAAAGGAUUGUCUGCUCUGACCACUGUACUGUUACAAAAAGGUGGCAAUCCAAAUCUUCAAACUACUUCUCUUGAUACUACUAUGGAUGUGAAUGCAGAAGAAGAUGUCAUUUACCAACAAACUCCUCUUCACUUAGCUAUUUUAGGACAGCAUGAAAGUACAAUACAAGCCAUUAUUGAUCACAAAUCAUUUUCCCAAGUGAGCUCUGAAACAGGCAUUGUUGUUCCAAAUUUUAAUAUAAAGAAUUCAAAAGGCCAAACUCCUUUGAGUUUGGCUUUAGAGAUGGGACUGUUUAAAAUGGCACCAAAGCUGAUUGCUGGAGGGGCUAAUGUUGAUGUCACUAAUGAUGAAGGUUUAACCCUUUUACAUCAGGCGAUCAUGAAUCAAAAUAAAGAAGCUGCCUUAUUUUUGCUUGAAAAUGGAGCAGAUUUUGCUGCCAAAACAAGGGAAAAUGAAAGUCCUUUACAGCUGGCUGUCAAGCGACAUCUUCCAUCUGUUGUAGAUGCUCUAUGCUGUGCAGGUGCAGAUGUGAAUGCUAAGGAUGAAAAUGGUGAUUGUGCUCUUUGGCUUGCUUUAGAGAGUGGACAAGAAGAUAUAGCUUCUAUUUUAGUGAAACAUGGAUGUGACACAAAUUGUUGGGGUGAAGGUCCUGGUGGCUGUUAUCAAACACUUCUACAUCGUGCCUUGGAUGAAAAUAAUGAAUCAGUUGCAUGUUUCUUAAUCAGGAGUGGCUGUGAUAUGGAUAGUCCUCGGAGACCUAGCCCUGAAGGUCGUGGUGAAGAGGAAGCCUUUGAUGGACAGAGUGCUUUACAUCUUGCUUCUGCUUGGGGUCUUGAACUAGUUGUGCAGACACUCAUAGAACAUGGUGCAGAUGUUAAUCUUCAGGAUUCUGAGCUGAAAACACCUCUGCACACUGCCAUUGCUAAUCAAAACUCUGUGAUCAUUAGUUUGCUCUUAUCAUGUCCUGCACUAGAUUUAACUUUAAGAGAUCGACAAGGAUAUACUCCUUUUGCUGCUGCAAUGAUAUUUCGCAAUAAUAAAGCUGCAGAAUCCAUUCUGUCAAGAGAGCCUAGAGCAGCAGAACAGUUUGACAACAAAGGGCGAAAUUUCCUUCAUCUUGCAAUUCAGAAGAAAGACAUUGAAAGCAUUCUAUUUCUAUUAAGCAUCCAUGUAAAUAUCCAUUCAAGAGUUCAAGAUUCUUCACAAGCCACUCCCCUUCAUCUUGCUGUAGAAACGGGUUCUGAAAUCAUUGUUAGAAAUCUUCUUUUGGCUGGUGCUCUAGUGAAUGAUCUGACUCCUCAGAAACAAACUGCCCUUCACAUAGCUGCUUUGCAUGACCAUAGUACUCUUUGUAAAGUUCUUAUUGAGAAUGGUGUGGAUUAUGAUGCUGUAGAUAAUAAUCGGAACAAUGCUCUUCAUGUUGCUUGUCAUAAAGGUAACUUGGCCACUUGCCGUGUACUGCUCACUGAAUCUCAUAUUAAUGCGGAAGCUGUGAAUUUAAGAGGGCAGACUCCACUCCAUGUUUUAGCUCAGUAUGGAAAGGAAAAUGCUGCAGCGAUAUUUGAUUUGUUUGUUGAAUGUAUGCCUAACUAUCCUAUCGAUAAACCUGAUGCUGAAGGAAAUACACCUCUACUGUUAGCUUACAUAAAUGGAAAUGGAAACUUGUGUCGCGCUCUAGUUCGAUCUGGUGCCUGCUUAGGCAGUUGUAAUAAUCAAGGUGUCAACAUAUUUAACAACCAAGUAGCUACAAAACAGUUGCUAUACCGAUUGCUAGACUAUCUGCCCAAGGAGCCACCAUGGUGUGAAGGAGAAAACUGCAUGGAAUGUUCGGCAAAAUUUGGUUUAAAAACUAGGAAGCAUCACUGUCGCCACUGUGGAAGGGUUCUAUGUGGAAAAUGCUCCGAUAAAGACGUUCCUAUUUUAAAGUUUGCUCUUAACAAACCUGUUAGAGUAUGUGAGCUGUGUUUUGAUGUACUAACUGUUGGAGCUUUUUGAAACCAGCAGCAUUGUUCAAAUCAGAGAUGCAACCUAGUCUUGUUUGGAUUUCUCAGAUUCACUUUUUAUGUGUUGAGCCAUAUUUUCUAGAAAAUUUCAGAAAUGCAUAUUCAAGGCAUGUGUUUCUUGAUAUUAUUCCAUUUUGAUACUUGCUCAACGAUAAGAAUCAAGGGGUUAGAAGUAUGUAAAUUUCAUUCGUAGUAUUGCUUUAAUAUGAAAAUUGUGUAUAUUUGUAAAAUUUGGUUCAAUAAUUUAAAUUUUUACAAUUGAAAGGCAAUAUUAGGUAGUUAAACAAUAUCAGCUGCAAGUUUUUAUUGACUUUUUUAAUAGUCAAGAAUUUUGAAUUUUUGUAUGAUUUUAAAAGCCUUUUUUGAAUAAAGAUACGAAAUUAUCUCAAAUUAGUUCUUCUUUAUACUAAUAAUUAUACUUCGAAACUUUCUUUUACUUAUAAAGUAAUGAUUCUUAAUUUACCUGCUGAAAUUCUAAAAAUACUUUGUAACUCUUGUGUAGUUUAGAAAAUCAAUAUUUAUCAGUAAGAAUAAAUUUACUCUACAUGCUUAUAGUUUACAAUUUAUAUGUAGUGUAAAUGUACCUGUAAUUAUAUUCUCAGUACAAAAGAAAAUGGCAAAAACUCAUGAAAUGCAAAAAAUUUAAAAUUUAAUAACACACUCGCCAUUUUUUAACAUUAUCAAUUUAGGAAUUAAUUAAUGUUUUCUUAAAAAUACAUCCUGAAAUAUAGUAUUUUUAGUAGUAAGUUUUUCUAUUUAAUGUUAAUUACAUUUGAUUCCAUAAAUGAGAUGUUUAUUGUUAUGAGGAUUCCAUGCAUUUUGAACUCAUUAAAUCAUGUUUAACUGUACUCUACAUUAUUCUGUUGAAAUAGCUAAGCAAGAAUUUUAUCACCAAAGCAAGAGUUUUAUUGAAUUUUAUCUAUGCAAUUUAUUGUAAAAAUUAUUUUAUAUAAACAAGAAGUAAGAACAUUUAAAUGGCAAUAAUAAAUUAUUUAUCUGUACCAUAUAGUUAUUUGCUUUGUUAGGAAAUAUUUUGUUUAUGUAUUAUGUAAUUGCUAGUUUUGAAAACAUGUUUAAUCUCUUGCAUGAUAUUUGAAAAGCUCAUCUAUGUAUUUGAUGUCUUUAUAUGUUAUUUGUUACAAAGGAAUGUGUUGAAUUUUUUUGUUACCAGAAAUUUUUAGUAUUAACUUCUAUCUGUAUAUUUGUAUUUCGUAUUUAAUGUAAAUAAACAUUAAAAAGUGGUUAAAGCAAUCAAAGCCCAAUAAAAGGAAUUAUUAACUUUUA